AUGGUCACCGCACACAAGCAAUGCCUUCGCGAAUGGUCUACUGCGAAGCCAGUGUGCCCUAACUGUUUCGCUGACGUCAAGGCAGGAAAACGUGAGGACGGCACGUGUCUGCCCGACAAAGCGAGAAGACGAACGAGAUCCACCCCAGAAGUCUCAGAGGACUCACAAACAAGCAGUAGAUUCUACGCCAGCGGCCUGGACUCAAGGUUGGACCAAUCCGAUGUCGCAAUGCCUCUGGAACUCGCUCCCUGUGCAGGCCACGGCGAACGCUGCCCAGCCAACAUCAACUCGGCCACCUGCCGCGCUGCCCCUUUCACCUCGCCCAGCAGCCGGUCCACCAUCCCAGGCACGGCCGCUAGCCCACCCGGCGCAAACAACGGCCGGGCCCAGCACAACAAAUUAGUUCAGCUCCCCCGAGGAUUCGAAGCUGACAAGAAAGAAAUCGCUACCGCCAAUCCUGUCAAGUACCGUCAAGUCAUGGAGACGAAGGCCGCGAAGCGUGCCGAGUACCGUGAACCUAGGGGCGCCGGGCAUGAUUGUGGGAAGAACUGCAAGCCCGAUUGUCCGGGUAAGGGCAGUGCUGGCAAGAUCUAGCUCUCGGGGUGUUUUUAAGAAGUGGACACCUUAAAUAGAGAUGAGGCGAGGGCGGGCGGCAGCGAUAGCGGAGGCGAUAUACUUCCAUAUAUCGCUGUACUCUUGUCGUGGUAAAUUG